AUGGAUUCCGACACUCAACACAACUCGCCACCUUCAAUUGAUUUCAAUCCCAACUUGUGUCUUGAAGGCCUUGACGUCGAUCUUCAGUUCGAAAAGCUAGUCGCCGACAUGCAACCCACCAGCAGUGCCACUCCGGCUAGUUUCCAGGCUCUACCUGCGUACAAUCUCGAGGAAAUCCUUGGCUUGUCCGGACUGGAGGAUCCAUUCCCACCCUACACUCCACCAUCCCCAGGGACAAAUUGGGAGGAAUUCUUCUCGAAGCAACCCGACAUCGACCUUGAUACAAAAGAUAUGUUUGCCGAGUUCACAAGUCUCGAUGAGAGUGUGGAAUUCUCAGAUUUGUUCAACAGUGACAUCGACAUGACGGAUUUCUGCGAAACCUCUGAGACGGCUCCCUGGAUCAGCACUAGAUUUUCUGGAGACGAUGCAGUUCUUACACAAUCGCCUUCUACUAUCCCAGAAAAUCUGGAGGCUCAAUCUUCAAAGUUACCAGAAUUGGAUCUUGAUCCAAUGGAUUUCGAUCUCACUCUGCCAUUAAACACGGAUGCUAUCCUCAUGGACCAAGAUAUCCCCAUUCCCACUGACGAUCUGUUCUUGGAUAUGGACCUUGGUUUCACCACUCCAGAACGCAUUCUAAACAACGACAUCAAUUUCGAUGGAGUUGAUGACCUGUUCUCGGAGUUUGACUUCAGUGACUUUAAAUUCCCAGGCUUGGAUCAACCAGACAAUAGCCAUUUCAAUCCUCAGUCAAUCGAAGACAGCCCCAAACCGGAAUCCCUACCCAGACUCCCAACCCAAACUGCACCAUUGUUACCCGAAAAUGCUGCACCUCCAAAGGGCAAAGGACGGUUCUUAUUGCUGAAAAACGGCCAAACUGUACUGAGUGUACCUCCUGAGGGACUCGGAACAUUAUUGAAUGGUCUCUCGAAUUCUGGAUCGACUGUGGAACUUGUCAACCAACGACCUGCACAAAUGCCUCCACGACAACGACUAUCAAAUGCACCUCUACCCGACUUCAAUUUCCAAUACUCGGAAAUCGUCGAUGGACCAAUCUCCAGCAAUGACCCUGUUCCUGUUCCCAGCUGGAAGCGCGACAUUGACAAGCUUCUCCCUCCACGACGACCAGCAGGGCCAGCAGUGGCUCCUCAACAGGUCGGCCGCGGCGCCGGUGUUCCUAGAGGCACUCCACCCAUCACCAUGACAAAGGAACAAGAGCGCAAGCUCGCCAAGGUCAUGGCAGACGUCCCUCGACGCAACCGCGCUCUUCUCGACCGUGUCCAAAAGCCACGCUACCCUGAAGACAACCACCGCUCCCGCCACCACCGCGAACGAUCAAGAGAAGCUAGGUCCCCCUCCCCCGAGUCCGAAAGUGAUUACAGCCGACACAUUCGUGCAGCUCGCCGUCACGCCCAGGUCUCGAAGCGAGUCCAAUUCGAAACCGCACGCCACCACGAACGCGCCCGCGCCCGCGGCCCCGGACGCGAACGCGAACGAACACAAGCCGAAAUCGCACGCGAACGUGCCCUGGCGCAUGAACGCGAGCGAGACGAACGUGCGCGCAAGCGCGACCAAGCCAGCCGUCGUCCUCCCACCUCGUUAUCAGGGAAAGCACGUGGGCAAGCCGAGCGUAUGCGUGAGCGACGGGAUAAGGAGGAUCCGGGCCACUCGUACCGAGAGGCUCUAUCUCUAUCCCUAUCGCCCAGCCCACCACCGGCCCGAUCAGCAGCCAGACACGCUGGCGCUGAUCGCGGUGCUGUUCGCCGCUCUGAUCGUGUUCAUCGUUCCGACCGCUCCGACCAUGAUGGUGAACGCCGUCCCUUGACACGCCGAUAUGCUCGCCAGCAUGGUGUCUCCCUCCAACCCCCAGACUUCUUUUCCUAA